ACAGAUACAGGAUCCCCAACAUUGCAACCUCUGAUUUUCGCUUCCAGGCAAUCUACCGCGAGGAACUUAGACUACGUCAUGCAGCUGGGAUUGUCUUCGAUCCAGCCGGCUUAUAAUAAUUGCACAACCGACGACCAGACGCGACUCUCCUUUGACCGCCGCGACGGCUUGCCGCGACCAUCGCGGCGUCAUGGAGCGCGCAGGCCUUCGGCUCGGCGCGCUGCUCCUGCUGACCUGUCUCGUGGCCUCGCGAGUCGACAGCGUUCCCCUCGCCAAGUCCCAGGCACAAGUCCUGCUAGACUGUCAGACGGCGUGGAGCAGAACGAUUGAAGGCUGGAAGAUUGGUGGCGACUGCAAUAGUGCAAGCAAUAUCACCUGCGAUGCCCAAGGCAUGAUAACGGACAUGGAUCUAAGCGGAAGCCAAAUCUCGGGUUCGAUUCCUUCAACCAUUGGCAACUUGAUCCGCAUGACAAGCUUACAACUAUCCCAAAACAACUUGAUCGGCACGAUUCCUGAUGCCAUCGGCAAGCUAAGCAACAUUGUUACCUUGUGGAAAAAUGCGUACCAUAUUCUAUGCAAGUAGUUCUAGCCCGGCCAACAUUGGUCCGAGGAUCGAGGACGAUGAUACUACGAUGAGAUGAUGCUACGAAUACGUGGACGACGGUGGACGAAACUUGACAUCAACCAGUUAUGGAGCACAAUCCCUGACCUUUUUGGCAAGCUGACGAAUCUUCGUGUCUUAUACCUAGGGACAAACGUGCUGAGUGGCUCGAUACCAGCAACAAUGUGCGACCUUCCUUUCUUGACUGACUUGGAUCUAACCCUUAUUGGCUUGGGGGAAUCCAUUCCAUCCACGAUUGGACGCUUGCGCAGCCUGACGAACUUACAACUUAGCCACAACAACUUGCAGGGCACAAUUCCAGACUCCAUUACCGUUCUCACAAAUCUUCAUGUCUUGAAUUUCCAGGGCAACAAGCUGGUUGGCUCAAUUCCAAGGACAAUAGGCAACCUUCAGUUAUUGACCAUACUGGACUUGAGCCGUAAUGGCUUUGUGGGCGCAAUUCCAGCUUCCAUUGACAAGCUCACAAAUCUUCGUACAUUGAACCUUGGUGACAAUAGCUUGAUGGGCACAAUUCUUGCUUCUAUUGGCAACCUCACAAAACUGCGUACCUUGAAUCUGAAUGGAACCAAAGUUUCAUGCCCUCCUGACUUCACCGAAUGUGUGGCAAAGCAAACACUUCAAAGCACCUUUUGCCGCCAGUGCCUCUCUUUCUGCACCACUUGUGUCACGCCAGCACCACUGCGCACCACAACACCCACUGAGUCCCCUUCACCUUCCUCCUCCUCUCCAGCAUCCCCCCUUUCACUUGAAACAUCCACCUCCCAGUCUGGAGGCAGUAUGUCAACAGCAGCCAUUGCUGGCGUUGUUGUAGCUGUUGUAGCUGCCCUGCUGGUGCUGUUGAUUGGCGUGCUGCUAUGGUGGAGGGGCUACAGGAAAGAAGCAGCACAAGGAGCAGCUGCAACAGUCAGUGAGAGCAAGGAUGUACUACUACAGAGUUCUCAAGGCCUGGCUGGCAGCGUAGCAGCCUCUCACUGCACCGAGUACUCCCUUGAGGAAGUCAUGGCAGCCACGAGCAACUGGUCUGAUGGCAACCUGCUGAAAUCUGGCACCUUUGGUGAUGUGUACAAGGGCGUGUCUCCAAGGGAUGGCACCACCCUGUGGGCCGUCAAGCGAGCCAAAUUGCUUGUUGCUGACUUCCAGAGAGAGGUCCGACAAAUGGCAGGCAAGAACCAUCCCAACAUUGUUCGGCUACUCGGGUUUGCUCUUGGAGGGGACAUGAGGACACGGCCAGAGCAAGUCUUGAUUUACGAGUUUGUUCCGAACGGUGACCUUGAGAAGUGGAUCAGUACACAAGCACCCUUUCAUCUAAGCCUAAAGCAGCAACUGGACAUCCUCAUUGGUGCUUCACGUGGCUUGGAGUACCUCCACAGCUUUGGCCUUGUGCAUCGCGACAUCAAGCCCGCCAACAUCCUCCUUGGGUCAAACAUGCAGGCAAAGAUUGCAGACUUUGGGCUUGUGAGGGGGGACGAGGGCUCGACUGUCGGCACUACUCGAGUCAUGGGAACACCGGGCUAUGUGGAUCCCAUCUACUUUCGGACGUCAAAGGCCACAAGUGCAACUGAUGCUUACAGCUUCGGUGUGCUCAUGCUUGUGGUCCUCACCGGACGGAGCCGCCCGCUUUACUUGGAUGAUGGAAAGGAAGACCACAUCCUGCCAUGGGUGGAGGCCUGCCUGGCGUCCAACAGCCCGACCCGCCUCAAGGACCUCGGCAUGGAAGCCCCUGAUGAUGCUGUGCUGCGCUUGGCUCAGCUAGCUCUCAGCUGCACUGUGGAGCGCACUGCUAGUCGCCCAAGCUUGGCAGAUGUUGCUAAAGAGCUACUUGCUGUCAGGAAUGAGGUGGUGGGAAGAGAGGAGCUGAGUGCGGCAAUAAAGGUGGACAAGCAAGCCCAAGAGAUGAUAACUGCCUCUUCUCUUGUGAAAAGCAUGGAUGCUCAGAAGCGAUCCAUAGAGAAACCUCCAGCUUGGAAAUUUCUCUGGAAAUCAAUCAAGUAGUUCAUUCUAUUUACCGUAUUAGUAGUAAGCUACAGUAGAACCGUAAUCCCCCGGAUAUAACACCCCUGGUAUACAAAAUUUAGGCAAAAUAUGGGCGGGUGGGUGCUGUACAGUGCGUUUUAGGCUGUAGUGUCAACUUAUACAUAUGCUGUAUGUAGAAGUUAUAGGCUAGCCUAGGUGUGUGCUUCUAGUGAGUACAACCCAACAGGUACAUGUUCUAGGUUUCUCACACUAGUCAAUCAUU